AUGCUGAUUCAAGACGGAUACCAAUCGUCCGGAUCGUCAACCCGACACUCCAGUGGGAAUCUUGGGGCAUACCUAGACGAGGACCCGGCUUGUAUGAGCUCUGGAGGGUCCAGCCGCUCUUCAAUCUCGUCGAUUCCCGCAUCGGUGUACACAAACUUGGCGGAGGGAAUGAAACCGACCACUGCAGGGCACGACCACGGACACUCCCACCCGUGGGACGCUCACGAUAGACUGGAUGGGGGCACCUUGCGACCAAUCUCAGCCAACAAGCUGCGCCAGGCCGCUUUCAGAAAACCUAGCUCGGUCAAGGCCAUGCAGAUGCAUACCGAGGAUGAGCGCGACGAUGAUGCGUUUCUGACGACGCCGCCGAAGCGCCGCGCCGGCCAUCAGCGCUACUCCGACGUGUCUAUACGCUCGGUGGGCUCGUCGUCGCUGAGAAAAUCCCAAUCUUAUUCACCCACCGGGUCUGGUGCUGCAAGAAAGCAGCGGAAAGAAGAAAAUGAAUACCCGCUAGUUCUUUUGCACUGCAACCUGCUUCCGCCAUCGCUUCCGGUCCCAGGCGCGGCGGCUUAUCACAAUCAGAAGAUUCUUAGUGAGGUGUUGCCCCCAGUCUUCUGGCGUCGGUGGAAGCUGUUGGAGGAGAAAGUGGGCUCCCAGGUGCUUCGGGAGCGCGGAGUUCUCAUCUCGCAUCCGGAAGAUAUGUACGACUUGCUUGAGGAGCGGCUGUUGGAGAGUUUGGAGCUGCAGCGUCCACGCCUCGAUCACGGUCACUUUAUUGGUCAUGAUGAGACCGAGUCAGAGAAGGAGGACCGCUCGGAGAAGGAGGAGAGCGCCACAGACGAGGAGGAAGGGGAGCCAUGCCCAGACUGCAGCGGUCAUGUCAUCCGACACGGCAACGCUGGGCGCAAGUGGGAAAUCAAGGUGUUCGCAGCCAAUGGACUGAUGAGAGCUGGAGCUUGGGCUGCAGCUUGGAGGGAGAUGGAGAAAGUGGAUGUUGAGGUUGGCCUGUGGCUGCCCUCGGAAGUUCGCCGGGAGUUGGAAAAGAGGCUUAUGGGCGAAGACUAUUAUUCCUGUCACCUUGAGCCCCAACUGCAGGUGCCGCAGUUGCAGGUGCCCGGAAGCAACCCUGUCAUUCAUGCACGCCCAGAGGCCCGACAUGCUCGUACGUCAAGCUCAAACACAGUCGACCAAAGGUCUUUUUCAUUCGAGGAAAUUAAGACUCCAUCGUCCCCGGCUGUUGAUAAGUCGACACCAGUCGAGCAGCAACAACCCCCGAAAACGGUCUUUUCUCCUCUGUCAGCCGAUGAUAUUGACAUUCACACCUUGUUGGUCAAUUACCUCCGCGUGUUGGCGAGCGACCGGCGCAAUGUGACCAUUGCCAUCCUUAGUGUUUUGGUGGUAUUCUUCGCCAUUCAAUCGGGCUCCCAUGUAAACUCUUCGGCUCUUCGUCCAUUCCCCCAGGAUCUUAUGGAGGCUGAAUCUCUUUCCAUUCCCGUUUCUUCAACUAAGCAAAUCGAGUCGGUCACGAGCCAUUCUCCCACCGCCUGCGUGAGUCAAGCCGCCCAGAGCGCAACCACCGACAUUAUCAUUGGAGAAGUGCCUAUGUCGGUGAGCGAAGUGCCGGAUUCAACGAGCGGAAGUAUUUCCUCUGCUGUGAUGUAUGCGGCCGUCGCUGAGUCGGUGCCCGCGUUUGCAGGCGACAUAUCCGAGCCGAAGAGAAACCGUCCCGGUCUCUCUUCACGGCCGUCGAGUCCGACGCGAUCUAUGACCGAGACGCGAUUGAAUGAUUUGCGCAAUCGUGCGGCAAGGCACUCUCUCUCUCCCCCUGUUUCUCUUCCAAGAGUUUCUUGUCCCUCGAGUCGAAUUCCUUCACCCUCUCCGCAUACGGCAGCUCACCAUAAACUGACGUUGAGGCAUAGGAGGAUCCCUUACUUGCUAUUGGCCUCAAUUUGA